AUGAAGUCAAGUCUGCUUCUCCUCUUGCUUGUCAUGGCACUGAGCUCGCCGGCUCUGACCUCAGAAGUGGAAGGCAUUUCAAAAGAUUACAAGAGCUUGAGGGUGAGGAUUGGAAACUCUUCAACGAAAGCUGUGUUGUCGGGCACGUUGACCAUCCCGUGCCACAUCACGUACCAGUCACCAGCGGAAGAGGUGACCGUGGGCCGCCGGGCUGUGCUGGCCACACCUCGGGUGAAAUGGUCCUUUAUCUCCAAUGGUAAAGAAGUGGAAAUAUUGGUGUCUCAGGGCAACAAGGUCAAAAUAAAUGAUGCUUACAAACAACGGGCCUCUCUCCCGCACUACACGACUUCAAAGUAUGAUGUCACGCUGGUCCUCAAAGAGCUGUUAAGCAAUGAUUCGGGGAUUUACAAGUGUCAUGUCCAGCACGGUAUUGAAGAUGAUUAUGACAUGUUGGAGGUGAAGGUGAAAGGUGUUGUGUUCUUGUAUCGAGAAGGAACCUCGCGCUACAAUUAUACGUUCCCCAUGGCCCAGGAAGCCUGCAUUAAGAUUAAGGCACACAUAGCCACAGCAGACCAACUUUUGGCCGCCUACCAUGGUGGCUAUGAACAGUGUGAUGCCGGCUGGAUCGCUGACCAAACUGUCAGAUACCCUAUCCAGACACCCCGGGAAGGUUGCUAUGGAGACAUGGACGGAUUUCCUGGAGUGAGGAACUACGGAGUCUUGGAACCUGAUGACUUGUAUGACGUCUACUGCUACGUGGAAGAUACUAAUGGUGAGGUUCUUCUAGGUUCCACAACAAACAAAUUCACUCUAAGUGAUGCCAGAGAUUAUUGCAAAACUUUGGGAGCAGAAAUGGCAAACACUGGCCAACUCUACGCUGCAUGGAAUGAAGGGGUCGACCACUGCAAUCCUGGCUGGCUUGCUGACGGAAGUGUCCGCUAUCCUAUCGUCACACCGAGAGAAAAGUGUGGAGGGAACUCACCUGGGGUCAAGACGGUAUUUCAGUUCCGCAACCAGACAGGCUUUCCAGACCCCCAUGCCAGAUAUGAUGUCUACUGUUUCAGAGUCCCUGUUCCAACAGAGGACCAUGGUGAAAGCCCUUCACCUCCAGCCGAGCAAGUCAAAGGAGUCAUUACAGUUACUGAAAGCUUUGAAGAGCUGAAGUUGCCAGAAGCAAAAGCUGAGAAUGAAGCUCAAGGUUUUGUAGAUACCUUCCCACUGAACAAGACUGAAGCAAAUAAGCUUGCAGAGAUCUUUUCUACCGUCAAAGACCUUCAAGAGUUACCACCACAACCAGAGCCAACAGCUCUGGUUGACGAAAGUGUCAAUGGUGAUGAAGACCUUUCUCCUGGUGUUGCAAGCUUUCCUCCCUAUGAAGACCAUUCUGAUGACAGUGAAGAGUCUACAACAAUAGAUUACAAGACCACAGCCAUUUUCAGACAUUCUCAAGGUAAGCCAAGCAGGUAUUAUUGA